AGGCUCGAUGGAGGGGUUCUCGUCCGCCUAUCAUUCCAGCGGGUCCCCAAAGACACGAACGAGGACUUGAGCGCUGGUCCCGCCUUGGGUGCAGCGUAUGUGUGUGGGGCCGUGCUGCGUCGGCGUCUGCGAUCGAUCGUGUCUUCCUUUCCGCGUUUGCGAGGCCAAGCGGGCCUUGCGAAGUCGCUCACUCACUCUGGGCCCCUCACCGUCGUCUGACUGUCGUCCUCAGCUCAUUCCACCUGGACGUCAUCCAUUCAUACCCUCUCCUCUCAUUCAUACUUCUUCCUCCCCUCCUUCUGUUUCAGUCAUCCCGCGCGCGCUGAAGGCAACUCCCUCCUCCUCUGCUCCUCGGACACGUCUACCCCGUGACCUCUUCUUCUGGACCCUGUUCGCGCCCCGUGAGGUACCACCACCACUACCCUUGAGACUCGCUACACCUACUGCCCCACUCUUCUCCCGGCCAGCAGUCCCUACAGGGGAGCUGAGCCUGCCGCUGCGUCGGCCUCAGGCUGGCUAGCGAAGCCAAUUAUGGAGGCUACACGGGAGAGCGCCGCGGACGCUUCUCACGAUGACAUGGUCACCACCCUUCCGGAUGGAAGGCCUCUAGUGGACAAUACAGGCAGGCCCAUCAAGCGGAAGGUGAGUUCAUCCAAGCUGCAAUGGACAU